GUUGCACACAGGGCUGGCUAGCAGCAGUGGGUAGCAUUCAGGUUGUUUUGAUCAGGGGACAGUGAAGGACCCGCCUGGCACUGAUCAUCACAGAGCUCAUGUAACGCUAUCAGAGGCCAACCAAGGAAUGCACUACUGAGUAAUCUACCCUGUUAGAACAGACCGUGUCUUUUGGGGGCGUUCCUGUCAAAAAAAACAGCAAUGUUGGGCUUUCUACGGACGAUGGUGGGUCGGAGUGGCAUGGUGAAACCGUCCUGCCUAGUAAGACCAGUUGCAGUGACCCGGAUCUCGGGCCGCUACCUGGCACACCAGGAGAGUUUGCCCAAGUUACCUGUGCCGCCUCUCAAGCAGACAUGUGACCGCUACCUGGCUGCUCUGGAGCCAAUCGUGGAAGAGGAUGAGCUGCAACACACACGCCAACUCCUCGAGGAGUUUCAGAGGGGAGGUGUUGGAGAAAGGCUGCAGAAGGGUCUCGAGCGCAGAGCCAACAAGAUGGAAAAUUGGCUGUCAGACUGGUGGUUGAAGGUGGCCUACCUAGACUACAGGAUGCCUGUGGUGGUCCACUCCAGCCCAGGAGUAGUCCUUCCUCGUAUGGAGUUUCAUGACCGACAGGGUCAGAUGAGAUUUGCUGCUAAAAUGAUUGCUGGAGUCUUGAAUUUCAAGACUAUGAUUGACAAUGAAACAUUGCCAGUGGAGUAUCUGGGAGGGCAGUCAUUGUGUAUGCACCAGUACUAUCAGGUUCUGUCAUCCUGCCGCAUCCCUGGAACCAAGAGUGACUCCGUAGUCAACUACUCCCAGGGCAGAAGGCCUCCAUCACAUAUCACAGUGGUGCACAACUUCCAGUUUUUUGUGCUGGACGUGUACAACAGUGACGGCACCCCACUGACUGUGGAUCAGAUCUACAAUCAGCUGGAGAAGAUCUGGAACUCCUCCCUGCAGACGAACAAGGAGCCCAUUGGCAUCUUGACGACACAGGACCGAAACACGUGGGCGAAAGCUUACAACACCCUCAUCAAAGACAGGACCAAUAAAGAGUCAGUGCGUGCCAUCCAGAAGAGCAUCAUCACCGUGUGUCUGGACGCGCCCAUGCCGCGCGCCUCCGACGAGAUGUACCGCAGUCGGGCAGCUGUGCAGAUGCUGCAUGGCGGAGGCAGCAGGUGGAACAGUGGAAACCGCUGGUUUGACAAGACUGUACAGUUCAUCAUCGGCGAGGACGGCUCAUGUGGUGUGAUCUAUGAGCACGCCCCAGCUGAAGGACCUCCAAUCAUCAAAUUAAUUGACCAUGUAGUUGAAUACAUGAAGCAGUCUGAAAUGGUGCGCACUCCAAUGGUGCCACUGCCCAUGCCACAGAAGCUUCGCUUCAACAUCACCCCGGAGAUAAAGAAGGACAUAGAGAAAGCCAAGCAGAACCUGAACAUAAUGGUGCAGGACCUUGAUGUUCGAGUCAUUGUUUUCCCUCAUUUUGGAAAAAAUGUUCCCAAGUCACACAAGAUGAGUCCAGAUGCCUUUAUCCAGAUUGCUCUUCAACUAGCUUACUACAGGAUGUAUAAGGUCUGCUGUGCCACGUAUGAGAGUGCGUCGCUGCGCAUGUUCAGGCUGGGCCGGACCGACACUAUCCGCUCAGCCUCCAUAGACUCGGCUAAGUUUGUCAAGGCCAUGGACAACUCCGCUCUCCAAAACACGGAGAAAGUGUCUCUUUUCGAGAAAGCUGUAAAGGGACACAGGUCAUACACUGAUAUGGCAAUUCGUGGCCAGGCCAUUGACAGGCACCUGCUCGGACUCAAGCUUACAGCUAUUGAGGACCUCACCUCCUUGCCAGAAAUCUUCAUGGACACGUCUUAUGCAAAAGCUCUCCAUUAUAACCUCUCUACUAGCCAGGUGCCAGCAAAGACCGACUGUGUGAUGUGCUUUGGUCCGGUAGUACCUGAUGGCUACGGCGUGUGCUACAACCCCAUGGAUGAGCACAUCAACUUUGCAGUGUCUGCCUUCAACAGCUGCCAAGAAACCAACGCCAGCCGAAUGGCCCAGACCCUGGAGGAGGCUCUGGUAGACUUGAGGGACCUGCUGGAACAGACACCCAAAGCCAAACUGUGAGGCUCUCUCAUAGGUGGUGUAGUGCCAGAGCCCUUUGUUCUUAAAUGAUGAACUGCUUUUUAAUUCGGUACACCCACCUUGAAGCUGACCUGGUAAGCCUGCUGGAUUUCUUGGGGUAAUUGGCAGUAUCUUCUUGCACAUAUUGUUCAAAAUAAGAGUGAGAUACUAAGCACUUCAUGUAAAGGGAUGGUAAUGCACAGAAAAUCUGAAUUUUGGUGUGAGUGUGCGUGUGUGUGUGAAUAGGUCAGUUAAGCCCCACAGACACUUUUGUGGCCAGAUGGGUUUUUUUGCCAAGCAGGGCUAAAGUGGUGUACUUGGUCAUCCCAAGAAAGACAAUUACGAAAAUACUAUUACUAACACUUUGAAUGUUUACCAGAUGGAUUUUUCUUUUGUCUGAUGGCAUUUGUUUGUUUUUUUUUGUAAAUACAGAAUGUGAUUAGUUCAGAGCA